AAGCUUACGUGGCACUAUUUCCCUCUAACCGCCAAUUUGACUCCCUUUUUGACAAAUAAAACAGACAGCGAAAAAAGGCGCACACAUCAAAUCACUCCGACAUACGUCUUCGUCUUCGUCUUCCUCCUUUUCUGGUUAUAAAAUCUUUUGUUUGAAUUCUUUGUUUUUGGCGUAGAUUUUCUUCAAAUUUCCACCAUGAGUGACAUCUUCACAGCAGCUUUUAAUGGAGACCUUAAACGCAUCGAAGAAAUGGCGAAACAUUUUAAUGAUAAGUUUGGAGAACAGAUGGCGAAAGAAUUCUUGGGAGCAAAAGACUCGAGCGGGCAUACAAUGCUACACAUUGCUGCUUCCGAGGGUCGAACUCCAAUCUGCAAAUACCUAGUCGAGACUAUCAAAUUUGAUAUUAAUAGCGAAGAUUAUAAGAAUUACACCCCUCUGCAUUAUGCGGUUUCCGGAGGGCAUUACAUGACUUCUCAUUUUCUACUGGAUCAUGGUGCGCAUCCUAAUAUGACAAGCCAUACUGGAUUAACUCCAUUGCACUGUGCUGCUAAAAAAGGAAAAAAUGAACAUGUGAAACUGUUGAUAUCAAAAGGUGCUGAAGUUGAUGCGGCAUCGUCUUCUAGAGGCACACCAUUGCGAUAUGCCGUUGCAUAUAGCAUGAAAGAUGCUGUUAAGAUUUUGCUUGAGCAUAAAGCUAAUCCAAAUUAUGCUAGUCAUCCCGAAUUGAACCCGUUGAUAGUUGCCAUCCAAAAGAAAUCUGUUGACUGCGUAAGGCUACUACUAAAGAAUGGUGCUGACCCAAAUCUUGGUGAUGUAAAACCUUUGACUAUGGCUGUAUAUGAAGGCGAUACAGAGAUUAUCAAAUGCUUGCUUAAAGCUGGAGCUGAUCCUAAUGCUACUAAUUUUUCUGAUGAUCUUACACCAAUUGAAAUUGCGGCUAUGGAAGGUAAUCUUGCAGUUGCAGAAAUCCUCUUUGAUGUUACUGCUCGUAUUUCUCAUAUCCCGACCUGGAGCUUUCAUGGAAUAUAUGAGUAUAUCAACUCUCAAGAAGCAAAAAAUCAGCGGGAACUCAAAGCUCAAACAAAAUUCUUAGAAGCAAAAGAAAAUGGAGCACAAGCCGUCAAAAGAAAUGAUUACAUGACUGCAGUUUACUGGUAUACAGAGGGUACGAGACUGAAGCCAACAGAUGCGACAGUGUACUCCAACAGGAGCCGUUGCUUUUCGCUCUUGAAUGAGGGUGAUUUUGCACUCCGGGAUGCAAAUUACUGUAUUAGACUUGAACCACAUUGGUAUGCGGGACAUUGCCGUUUAGCAGAAGCCUUGAUGUUGCUGAAGGACUAUAAAAAUGCAAUAAAAGCAUUAGGGAAUGUGUGUAAGUAUCAUGCUCUCGUUAAGGGGCUCCGAGCUGCUUACAGUGAGGCGUUGGCGGAGUUACAAGCACCACCGACGGAUGAUUUCAGCCGGCUCUCUGUUGAUUAGUGUUCAUUGCAAUAUGUUGUUUUGGUAACCGGAAUAGAAGAAACGUGAUAGAAGAAAAGUGAUGUAUAUUUUGUGAUUAGAGUAGAAAAGAGAGCUUGGCACAACAUUUUGUCUUGGUGAUUGAUGUAGAAAAUGUAUAUCUUAGAAUACGAUACAAUAUGUCUAUAGGAAUUACAAAAUAGUAUGGCCGGAGUACUUGUGUAGUUGUGUGUGACAACUAUCAUGUUUCCCAAACACGGAUUUUGGAAUUGAAUUCCUUCGUUUAAGAUUUCAAAUUCGGUCUGGAAUUGAAUUUAUCCAUUGAAAUGAAUUCCAUGUAUGUGUAGUUGUGUA